CGCUCUUUCAUUCUCUACAAGGACUGCCGCUCUUUUCGAGUCCCAUUCGCUCUUUCUAGCAACUAUCUACCUACUAUCCAGCGCGACGAUCAACCGUCAUCUAUUCCUUCUUUUCUACUCUAUACAAUCAGCUACGCUUUUCAUAUCGACCCACCUCGAUACACACAACAGACAACAUGCAACUCCUCAAGACCAUCCUCCUUUUCAGCGCCGCCUUCACCCCGGCCUUCGCAGCCGUCGCGAACGGCGGCAGCGGUGAAACCGAAUCCUUCACCUCAACCCGCACCACAACUGUCACGGUCACCGUCAAAACCUCCACUACUGCCACUCCCACCCCGACCUACACGCCCACCUCCACCAGCACGCCCGUCAUCGUGACCCCUUCAUCCACUGCCACGCCCACACCCUCGCCUUGCAGCUCCUUUGUCAUCACCAAGAUCCACUCGUCGACCAUUGCGCCGUCCUACGCGCCCUCGUCUGCCAGUACUGGUGGUUUCGCGUCUGGAUCGUCUACGGUGUCUGCUUCGCCCUCCCAGACCCCCUUCACUGGUGCUGCCGUUCCCGGAGCCAAGUUUUCGGGAGCAGGUGUGGUUGGCGCUGGGUUGGCGGCUAUGGCGUUUUUGCUUUAAACAUUUUUGCUGACCGGCGGCUGAGUUGCGGGAGACGCAGUCAUGGGCUGGCUAUU